CAUGCACCCCAUCGCAUGGCCUCCACACGCCUUGUCGACAUCCAUGGUGGCAUCUACCGCCGGCCGGGUGGCACGGAUCCCCCUUCCACUCCCUCAGCGUGUGAACGUGGUCGCUCCAACCCAACCAUUCCUCAUGUUCAGGAUAAGCUGCCCAACUCGUCCGGCCUUCUUAUUGCCGCUGCUUCUCAGCUCACAAGCUCCAACACUAUCCUCUCGUGUCUCGUCGAGCUAUCUGUCUACGGAGUAGUACCUCCCAAGCUAGCUCGCCGCUCCGCCGCGAUGGCCACCGUACUGAGCAGCCUCCGCUUGCCCUUCUCCAUCUGCCCCGCCGCCCCUGCGGCGCCCAUGGCGGCAUCCCGCGUCGCGCUCCCGCUGUCGUUGACGGCCGCCAGGGGCAUGAGGCUCCGCGCGCAGGCGACGUACAAGGUGAAGCUGAUUACGCCGGAGGGCGAGGUGGACCUCGAGGUCCCCGACGACGUCUACAUCCUCGACCACGCCGAGGAGGAAGGGAUCGACCUGCCCUACUCCUGCCGCGCCGGCUCCUGCUCCUCCUGCGCCGGGAAGGUGGUCUCCGGCCAGCUGGACCAGUCCGACCAGAGCUUCCUCGACGACGACCAGAUCGAGGCGGGGUGGGUGCUCACCUGCGCCGCGUACCCCACCUCGGACCUCGUCAUCGAGACCCACAAGGAGGAGGAGCUCACCGCUUGAAUUCACUGAUUUUGUUUAGUUCGACCCGUUUCCACCGUGCGCGUGUACCAUGCACGACGUACCAAUUGUAUCAGGAUAUUGAGGAAUUACAAAGUAUAAUUAGUACUUGCUGCUGUGGUCGGAUUUUGAUUGCUUUUGCUUAUUAAUGCCUAGUGUUCAUUUUCUCAAGUCAAUCAAGUAAUGAAAAGAGAUGAGAUUGUACUCCA